AUGCGUUUGCCGUUGGUUCGUGCGCGGCCCUGGGGAGGGGCUAGAAAGAGUAUUCAGAAGCGAUAUGUGGCCAGCACUUCAGCGGAUAAUGAUACCGCAGCGGUCGUGGCGCGGGAGGUGUCUUCUCGACAAGACCUCUACCUUACGGAUCCUAUAUCUCCCGGAUCUACGUUCUUCCUGCCCAAUGGGACGAAGGUCUUCAACAAGCUAAUCCAGUUCAUGAAGCUACAGCAGCAGAACAAGUUUGGCUUCCAGGAGGUGAUCACACCGUUGAUUUACCGGAAGAGCUUGUGGGAGCAGUCCGGUCAUUGGGAGAACUACAAGGACGAUAUGUUCCGAGUAGAGGGAAAUGAUUGUGCGAAGGAGGAAUAUGGACUCAAGCCCAUGAAUUGCCCAGGCCACUGUGUUAUGUUUAAGCGCUUUGACCGAUCAUAUACCGAGUUACCUCUGCGGUUCUCUGACUUUUCGCCGCUUCAUCGAAACGAGGCAUCUGGGGCACUCUCUGGGCUCACAAGAGUGCGCAAGUUUCACCAGGAUGACGGCCAUAUAUUCUGUACUCCAGAACAAGUAGAAGGGGAGAUUGAGAAAUGCCUGCAGCUGGUGGAUCUCUGCUACGGCUCCGUGCUUCCUUUGGGAGAAACUUCAGAUAGAGCCGAAUUGUACACGAUGUGUCUGUCCACGCGGCCUGAAAAGUACGUUGGUGAACUCGAUGUUUGGAACCACGCCGAAUCUGUCUUGAAGUCUAUUUUAGACAAUUCGGGCAAACAGUGGUCCAUAAAUGAGGGCGAUGGUGCAUUUUAUGGGCCCAAGGUUGAUAUUAAGGUAAAAGACCACACUGGCAAGUAUCACCAGGUUGCGACUAUACAGUUGGACUUUCAGCUUCCAGAACGCUUUGACAUGCGUUAUAAGGACGCUGAUAAUACCUACAAAAGGCCCAUCAUGAUACAUAGAGCUGUCUUUGGUUCCGUCGAACGGUUCAUGGCUUUGCUGCUUGAUUCCAAUAAGGGCAACUGGCCAUUCUGGUUAAACCCACACCAAUGUAUGGUUUUACCCGUUAGUGCAAGUAAUGGAGAGAUGGUCCAGGCGGCCAAGGCUCUUGUUGACAAACUGUGUGGCCGUGACACUUCGAGCACUAAACCCGUCGAACUAAACAGCUUCCACUUUAAUGCUGAAAUUGACCUAAGGGAUGAGUCUGUGGGUUAUCGAUUAAGAGACGCUAUUAGCCGGAAAUAUUCGUAUAUUGUACUGAUUGGAGCUAGGGAACUAGCUCAGAAUAAGGUCGCCGUUCGUUCGCGUGAUUCAUCGAAGAUCCAGAUGAUGUCAACAGAAGAACUAUACGACAUGUUCUGUGACCUUGAACGCAAGUACAAAUAA